AAGUGUGUGAACAGGGAACCACUUAGCAGGGGGGAAAUGGUGAUGCUGUGCACCAAAGGAAUGGUUCUUCAGGACGCGCAUGCUCCGUGUCAGCAGGUAGACUCAUCGGAGUGCUUCCGGGCAUCCUAAGUGUGCAAGGAGCCACAGGUACCCUGGCUUCCCCAGCAAUCCCUGCUCAGUCAGUUGACUCCAAGUGCUAUUAAAAAAAACCUGGGGGAGGGGGACUUCUCGCAUCCUCUCAGCUUUCUGAUUAAUCAUUUAGGUGGGAAACCAAAGCCUCCUCAGGUAAAAAGAUAUGUGAACUCCAGGUCAGUAUCACAAUCCUGCCCUAAAUAUAUGACAUUCUUUCCCCUGCAGGACGGCAGGGGAGAGCGGGCUGGGUAAAAACAAAUUAUUUUCAUUCAGUCACUGUUUCCUAGCAACCAAAAAAAAAAAAAAAAAGCCUGUGCUUUCCUGAUGUCUGGCAAGCACCAGCCCAAGCCCAUGACGUUAGGUGCUCCAGCACGCCUCCAGAAGCAGGGAGAGAAGAAAAGCUCCGGAAUCGGUCUCCGGUUGCUUAUAGGCUCAGAGAGGCUGGGUCUUCCCCGAGGAUAUCAGGUGCAGUGUAAGCUACAGAUACCUGCUCAGCUGGACAAGACUUUAAUCAUGGAGAGAAAGCUCCUAAAGAAGGAAAUUAAAAAGCUCCUGGGAGAUUAUAUUGGCAUCAGACUUCGGGAAAAUGAAUUUGACCCAAAAGGAAGAAGGCAACUCACCUUUCUAGAUGAUAUGGCACACUAUGAUUUGGCCAUCAAUGUCGCUUUGCAAUGGCUGGAUCACUCAGAAGACUUAACUUGGCUCGAGUGGGAAAAAGUGAAAAUGCCAUUUCAUGACAGACCUGUAUAUCCAAACCGGAAAGAAAGAGAAGCAAUGAUUUUAUCAUCUUAUGCUGGAAUCCUAAUGAACAGUAUCCCAAUUGAGGAAGUCUUUAAAAUGUAUGGAGCUGAUUCUUCUACCAAUUCUAGGGCUACAAAGGUUCCCCGAGCUCCACCUCUCCGCCUCUCCCUGCAUCCCUUUGCCAUGUUAACAGCGCCCCACGCCGCAGAAUACGCCCGCAAGCAGAGUGUCAAAUUAAGAAGGGGAACGACAAAUAAAAAUGCCACCGGCCGCUCUGCAAGGGAAUCAAAUGCCACAGCGUGGAAAUCAUCAAAAAAUGUACCGUUGGACGCCCAGCCAAGGAACAAAGUCACUUAGAAACUUGGAACUGCACCAUGGAAGUUCAUAAUAAAGCCUCUGGGAGAGGAAAAGAAACAUCCUAACACUGCAACUCUAGCCGGCACAUUUUUCUUUAAAGUCAGCUUGUGGUACAAAACUUAUUGAAGUGUUACUUUGGAUGUUGGGCUUUCUUCUCUUAGAAUCCAAUUGUGUGGCUCUAUUGUGUUGUUGUUGUUGUUGUUAAGUGUAUAUCCUAUGCUGCUUCAUUGUA